UUGGUUGCCUCAGCUUUGUCGCUCGUCGCUGCGAGCGCUCCUGAGCAGCCGAUGCCCAUUCAUGUCCGAUCGUUUGGCCUUGCUGCUGCUGUGGCUGCUGCUGCUCUAUUCGCUACAGCAGUUGGCAUUGGCCUCUUUCUUGCCCUCGGCGUCUACUCGAUCUCGACUAUCACCCACGCCGCCGCAGGCUCGUCGUUUCGUGACGGGUUCUGGGUGGCGGUUGUGGGCAUGGCAAGCACUGCCAUCGCCCGUCGCGCCCGCGGACCGACUCCGCCACUCGCCCUCUUCUCGCCCCAUCGCCCGGGUCACCAGCUCAAAGUCCAGGACGUCGCCGCCCAGGAAAGCUCUGACAUCCAGCCCGCGCCGAGCUCACCACUCCUACGACUUGACAGUUCGAGAUGGGCCCCCUGA